GUGCCGCUGUCCUGGCUAGUGGCUACUACUGCAGUCGGUGAAGGAUCGGACAGUGGGGGGACUGGGAACGGUGCGCCGGUAGCAGGACGGUGAGACUUCGCAUGGACUGUUGGUCCAUAUAUCACAUAAAUUAUUGGCUGUGCUGCAUCCGGUGGGACCACCGCAGCGACAAUAUUACGGAUUCACCUUGGGGAGAGUACACUGAUGCCUACUGGAGCACUCCAAAUCUCUCUCUCUCUUCCAUCAGCAUCGCUCUGUUGUUUUCUAUAUAAUCCUCCAUGCUAUUAUCUCUCAGUGGGUAUGACUCUCACAGUCAGUGACCUCAGGAAGACCUGUAUUUCUCAUCCACGGGAUAAAAGGAGAGGGAUGGUCAUAAUGGUGUAAUUGAACAGGGGACGUCUCACACACCAAACUAACCAUUAGACCAAGAUAAAAUCCUUCAGGUCUCAAAGUGACAUUUGGGUAUAAAACUCUCAGGCACGACUACCUCAUCACGAAGGCGUGGCGAUUCCAAAUAACCCCUACUACAAUGGCAACCACAGCCCCUACGCCGGUGCCUCUGACUGUCCUGUGUCGCUGGUACCUGUACGCCAUCCACGGCUACUUCUGUGAGGUCAUGUUCACCGCCGCCUGGGAGUUUGUGGUCAACCGCGACUGGAAGUUCCCUGGUGUUACCAGUGUGUGGGCUCUGUUCAUCUACGGGACCUGCAUCCUCAUUGUGGAGCACAUGUACCUGGCCCUCCGAGCUCUCCAAUGCCCCCUGCUGCUGCGAUGCCUCAUCUAUACCCUAUGGACGUACAUCUGGGAGUUCAGUACAGGGCUGUUGUUGACCCAGUUCGGGGCAUGUCCCUGGGAUUAUUCCCAUUUUCAGUAUAACUUCAUGGGGUUGAUCACGGCAGAGUACGCCCUGCCAUGGUUCUGUGCGUCGUUCAUGACGGAGCAACUGGUUAUACGCAACACACUGCGGCUAAGGAUGGACACAGACGGAACAGAGGACGUCAAGUCUGAUGCAGGCGGGGGAGAAGAUGGGGGAGGAGGGGGGAGGAGACAACGGGUUGAACAAGGAGGUACAGAGGUCAAUGGUUUCCUGAAAGUAGACUGA